CUCUCUCUCCUUCUCAUACCACUACAACACUAACCAUACCCGCGCCCUCGCCUUCACCGAUGCCCGCAGCCGUGGCCUUCCCUACCAUCUACAGAAGCUACACCACAGUAGCCCAAUAACACUCGCUUGCCUGACCGUCCCCGUUCCCCGGUCAAGAGUUCAAAGUCCCUGCGCGCACGUAUACCCGCUCACAUACCAUGUACCAACCCGUGGAGCUCGACGUCAGCGAUGUCAGCAAAGCCUUCGCCAUCCUCGGCUUCUUCAUUGUCGUGUAUGGACAAAUCUCCUACAUUGUCAAGGAGCGACUCUACCUCUCUGAGCCGCUCAUCGCCGUUACCCUCGGCAUCAUCGUGGGGCCCUAUGUCUUAGGAUGGCUGGACCCUCUGUCCUGGUCGGAUCAGGAGAUCAAUCGCGAAACGACCUAUCAGUUCACCCGCCUCGUCGUUGGUAUACAGGUCCUCUUCACUGGCAUCUCCUUGCCAAAGGCGUACCUACGAAGGGAAAUCAUCUCCCUCACAGUACUCCUCUUUGGCAUCAUGACCACUGCGUGGUUCGUGACCGCCCUACUCAUCUGGGGUCUCAUCCGAUUACCAGCAUCUCUCGCCCCAGACGGUAUCGGCUAUUCUCUCACCUUCCUUGAAGCACUCUGCAUCGCAGCCGCCGUCACGCCCACUGAUCCAGUCUUGGCCAACUCGAUUACCAAGGGAAGGUAUGCCGAGAAGCACGUUCCGGCCAAUGUGCGAAACAUUAUCCUUGCCGAGAGUGGCGCAAACGACGGACUGGGCUUCCCCUUCCUCUACCUCGCCAUCUAUCUCAUCAAUCGAUCAUCAGUCGAUGCUGGGCUCAGUGUAGGCAGUGAAGUAGGUCGAUGGGUUUAUGGAGUCGUCAUCUACCAGAUCCUCCUCUCCGUAGUCUACGGUGCCCUUUUGGGAUACAUUGCUCGAAAGACGCUCCGGUGGGCAGAAUCCCGCAAGUACAUCGACAAGGACUCCUUCUUUGCCUUUGGUCUGGGACUCGCUCUCUUCACGCUGGGCACGACCGGCCUCUUCGGCUCAGAUGACAUUCUCGCUUGUUUCGUUGCGGGCAAUUCCUUCACAUGGGACGACUGGUUCCGGAUUCGCAGCGAAGAGAGUGAUAUCCAGGACAUCCUAGAUAUGCUCCUCAACGCUGCCGUCUUUAUCUACAUUGGAGCCAUCAUUCCUUGGGGCUUCUACCAUACAGAUGGCGGUAUCGAAGCUUGGCGCAUUGUCGUGCUGGGUAUCACAGUCUUGCUGCUGAGGAGACCUCCCUGGGUCAUUGCAAGCAUGAAAAUUAUCCCCGCCCUCAGUACAUGGGGCGAAGCAGCCUUUGCCGGCUUCUUUGGUCCCAUUGGAGUAGGAGCCGUCUUCUACAUCGAAGUCGCCCUGCGCAAGAUUCCUGACGAUGGCAGUCGCGAUCUCCUGCGCAACCUCUAUACCCCCGUCGUCCUUUUCUGCGUCUUCAGCAGUGUGCUUGUACAUGGUGUCACCGUUCCCAUUUCGAAGUUGGGCCCCAACAUCGUGCGCAAGUCUGCCACGCUCACAAAGACGCGCUCGAUCACCUUGACGUCCAAGCACACACCUCGUUCGAGCGACGAGGCAGGCAGAGGAGGCGGGAGUGGCGAGAAGGAGCUGUGGAAUCCCCUCUAUUCUCUCUGGCAGGGCCUGCUUUCUGUCGCCUUGUUCUGGCGCAGAGACUCCUUCUGGAGGAGGGACGCUGAGUCUCGCAGCAAGACCCACGCACACAUCAGCGAGCCUUCGAAUGCGGUACGGCGUGCUUCGAUUGAGGAGGAGGGGCGCUCGGAAGGCGGCGGCGCCGAGCUGAACCAGUCGGAUUCUGUCGGCACGGAACAGUCGAAUGCCAGUGGCAGUGGAAGCGGGAGCAGUGGGGAAGGGCCGAGGGGAGCUCGACCUGUGCCCAGUGCACUCGAGCUGCCCACUUCCCAUGCUCAUACCGGUAACGCCAACGUUAAUACCAGCGCGAACAACAAUCACUCUUCUCCAAUCCAGCCUCCUGCUCAAGCCUCUUCGGCAAGCACUGAGCACCAACAGACGCGCAAACAGGCCAAGCCUUACAGUUCUCUCUUGCACGACUUGCAGAUGAUGCUCGACAAGGAAAUGAGCGCCGAGCGGUCCGAGGCGCGAGAGGAGGCUGGGGCUGGGUGGCCCGAAGAGGUGAGGAGGGCUUUGGAAAAGGCGAAGCUGGAGCAGGAGGCUAGAGAGGCAGAGGGGACUGGGGUAGGAGGGAGUGCGGUAAAGCAGCAGCAGCAGCAGCACCAAGGAGCGCAGGGAAUGGCUGCUCCGGAUAGCAUGCCUGGUACGCCUUCUCGGGUCAGGUUCCAUGGGCGGUAGGUAGCCCAAUGGACAAAGCACCGCUGAGUGUGCAGGCUGUAAAGAGCAUUACGAGAUCCUAGCAUAUUGCGAGCGACUGCGAGUGUAGAUAUCAUGUAUGACCCAUCCGCCCCCUAAUUUUGCAACCUCAUCUUCGUGAUCCCUG